CCUCAUUAAGUCCCUUUUUAUCAUCACCAUCAUCAGCAGACAUCAACACACAUAAAUAUUAGACUUCUGAAAGCAUCAGCUUCUUCCUUUUGCAUCGGAAAUGUCCACCCAAGUUAUUGCACCCGAGCAUGUCUGCUAUGUCCACUGCAAUUUCUGCAACACUAUCCUUGCGGUCAAUGUCCCCAGCAACAAUUUGUUCAGCAGUAUUGUGACAGUAAGGUGUGGACAUUGCGCUAAUCUUCUGUCAGUGAAUAUGGGAGCUUUGGUUCAAGCUCUUCCCCUGCAGGACUUUCAGAAAUUGCAGAACCACCAAGUAGCAUCUCAAGACAGUCAUGGAGAUAAUGGUUCUUCUUCAAGAUGUAAUAGGCCAUCAAUCAUGUUGACGCAAGAGCAUGAUCAACAACAAUUGUUACCCAUUCGCCCUCCUGAGAAGAGACAACGUGUUCCUUCAGCUUAUAACAGAUUUAUCAAGGAAGAAAUUCAAAGGAUUAAGGCCAAUAAUCCAGACAUCAGUCAUAGGGAAGCAUUCAGUGCUGCCGCAAAGAAUUGGGCACAUUUUCCUCACAUCCAUUUCGGGCUCUCUCUCGAUGAAAAUAAGCAAUCAAAGCUUGAUGAUGCAAUUGCCACUGCACAUGGAGGAGGACAAAAAUCUCAGGUUUUAUACUGAGAAGGAGUAUAUAAAAAGUAUGCAUGCCUAUAGAGUACAUGCUACUAUAUUCAUAUGUCAACUGAACUUGAAUUAUUCAAGUCAAAUUAAGUAUUAAGUCCCAGAAAUUUCCAUAAAGGUAAACUAUAACUAUUUCCUAUGUAUCUUCAGUUUCAUUUGUUGAAAUAAAUUGAUGUCUUAGCAUAUGUUUGCUGA